AUGCUCAAUUUCUCCAUCGUGCAAGCUACCAAUGUCUCACUCGUCUACACGAUUGACAGCUACCGACCCGUUGCAGGCGAACUCGUCGUCACACAAUUAGGAUUCAAGUCCGCAUUCGGCUUCCUUCUAUCAUUCUACACUAACCCUUGGGUGCAAAAGUCGGGUUACAUCAGCGCCUACGGCGCCAUGGCUGGAAUCUCCGGUGGGCUUUUAAUCUUGUUUCUGCCGUUCUAUUUCUUCGGCCAUGCUGUUAGGGCUAAAACUUGGACUUGGAGACCCAUCCGCAUGUUUGUGCACUGGGAUGACGAUCGCGAAGUUGGGGAAUGA